AUGAUAGACAAAAAACGUCAAUAUGUCAUCAAAUAGAUACGUAAAAUCGACAAAUCCCUUCGAAAAUGAGGACAUAGACGACGAAUUGUUUUUGAGGAACUCCAGAAAACCUCAACCAUCGAAUUACGAUGAUCAAAUGUUGAGUUUUCAAGAUCGAAUUAAGCAAAUCGAAGAUAGAACUAUAAACAGCACUGAGAAGAGUAUAGGUAUACUAAGGGACUCUGAACAAAUUGGUAUAGCAACCGCUGAGGAAUUGAUGCGACAGAGAGAAAAGUUGGAACACACUGAUAAACAGUUGGAUGAAAUUAAUGCUACGUUGAGAUUCUCGCAAAAACACAUAAACGGCAUCAAAUCUGUCUUUAGUAGCCUUAAAAACUACAUGUCGGGCAAAAACGAUGCUUCACCAACGUCAAGCUCAACUACGCCUAGCACAGUCAAGCAAUCAACUUCUAACCACACUUUAGACGAAAAACUCAACACGUACGACAGAUACGAUAACCACCCUGUAACUAGGUUACGCGGGGACGAUUUCACUCAAACUCAAUCAUCGGGGAGCAAAGAUUUUUCAGCUAGACUCGAUGCAAACCUUUCGGAGAUGUGCAGCAACAUUUCUCGACUUAAAGGUCUCGCGACGGAUUUAAAUCUCGAAAUCGACACGCAAAACGACCUGAUAAACAAUAUCACCGACAAAACUGAGCUUGCCGACGCGACCAUCAGAAAGCAAAACAAAGAUAUGAAUAAAAUACUACGAAAAUAAAUGUUUACGUCAUUUUUUGCCGUUUUAAUUCGUGUGUCGUGCAAUUUCGAACGUUUCUGCGUAAACAAAACUCGAAUCGCAGUUUUCGUUGUCGAGAUAUUUAGAAAAAACGUUUUUACUUCUAAAGCGAUGUUGCCAAGUCGUCUGCUUUCAAAUAAACCCGUGGCGCGCCAUCUAGUGGCAGAAAUGUUUUAAAUUGCAAAAUACAUGAUCAAAGUUAAAAAAUAAGUAAUAAAAAGUAGAAGGCUUAUUUUAUUUAUUUUGGGUUGGUAAUGUGUUCCAAGUCUCAGGAAA